CUGCGCUAUAUCGCCUCUGCUUUGCAACGUUUUCACGCAAACUAUGCUGCACUACGUUUUAUCAGCAACAGUCCUCUUAUUCCUUCCAAUAAUAGCCGCGGAUUCAAAAGGCGUUCGUGGAAAGCCGCGCAUUCCCCGCUCUCAGGACAUCAGAAAGUUCCUGAAUGUACCGGAGCCCAUAUGGACCUACAAUUCAACGCUGGAAGAAACGCUGCGCUGUGAGGUGGACGUUAUGUCAAAAUGCAGCCAAAAGUCAAUUCAGUAUAACAGGUCAUACUUUAUUAACAAGCAAGUACGAACAGAGCAGCUAGAGGGAUGGUUCCUAAAGCUUCCUAGAGAUGAAAUGUUUGUUGCGGUACUAGGGAAUGUGCCAGUAAUCGCAGAAAAGCUCGUCUACGCGAGCACGGACGCAAGUUGUGGUGUCUUCAAAGUGAUGCUGCCAUUCCCUGGUACGCCGAAGACUGCAGACAAUUGGCCCGUUAGCUGACAACCGAGGACCAAGGCCACCAGAAGCUAAGGCACGACAUCGGUCGACCUCUCUACUUUCAUGACCGGUGCCCCAGUUUGGCUUAGGAUUCUAUCGAAUACUCCUGGUCUUUCGUCGAAAUUUCUGGGCUGAUAUCAUGGGCCCUGACGCAUGACACGUCUCCAGUCAAUUAUGAGGUUGCGCCUUUGACACCGUCCCAAGUCUUACGUCGUCAUGGUAGAGAAAUCGUUCAUGUGAGUCGCUUCAAGCCCUAUUUGGACCGCGCUGUAAUGACGACGCCUCAAGUCGCCAGGAUGGCUACGCUAUUCAGCGGGGGCCAGUGUAAUGAGCAAUAGGAGACGACGACGACGAAGCAGCCAAGGAAGCAAGCCACAGCGUUAGUAGUAGCCACGGGAGCCGAGUUUGCGCUUGCCUGGAUUUUGGCCCCUCGUCGUUUCGUUACUUUUAUGCGUGAAUAAGCCACGUGACACACACAAUAAAUACUUAAAUGGUUAUUAUAACGUUGUUAAGCCGUUUGUACGUGUGUACAACGGCGCUCGGCUUUCCUGAGGUCGCGUUUUUAUGAACGCAUUGACCCAGGCCGCCAUAGCCGUUGCAAGGUAAAGCAUGAGGAGCCAGGCUGAGAUUUACCGGAGGACACCCUCACCUGUAGCUGUUCCGCUUCGGUUUGGCCCAAGUAAGGUACUCAGUAUUUCUGCGCGCUCAUGGACUCGCAGCAGCGAAUGAGAUAGAGCAGGUAAUAUUGUACGUUUCUUCAAGAAAUAAAAGAGUUUACUGUAAAGUCCAGUAACGGCACUCAACUGACAUGUUCAUAAAAUGUUCUAGUUUACGCCCAUACAUGUGUCUCCGGUGAUGUAUAUUUGACGUCCGGUAGAACAGAAUAAAAACAGCAUAGAGUAGUCUGACGACAGAGAGCCCGUGUUCAGCAGCCGGUUGCUCCAAAAUUCCAGAGCGCGAGGUCUGAAAGCGUUGCAUAGGUGGGUAGCACCGCAAACAACCCACCACUCGUCGUGGUGAUGUACUAAAGGCAAUCUCCACUCUAGAAGCCGGGCAUACAUUACAAAAUUCGAUAAUAGUAUGUGAAAGCUGUGUCAAAAUAAAUGUUUGCCUUGGUUGAUUUGGCAGUGUAUUGCAGUGUGAGGGUAGGGCUCAGCCCCACCCCCUUCAGCUACCCCUGUGACAGCGAGCCUUCGUCGUUUGGUAGAGCCUGUAUUAGUGUAACCUUAUGGACACAUGCUAUGUUUUUAAUUGCGAGGCGCAAUACCAGGAUUGCUUUUUGGGAUGCGUGAGUGAGGAUUUAGAUCUCAGAAAACUGUGGGUGAAAAUACAGACCUCAUCGUCAGUGAUUUGAACGUGUGAACCUGUGAAGCGAGUCGUGGUAGAAUCGGCAGGAUGACCAGGCCUUUGAAAUAUGUGAAGCUGGGUGUCCGGCAGCAUGGACUAUUCUAAUCUCCCCUCUGCUCGAAAUGCCUCGAUGAGGAGGUGUCACUAUAUUUAUUGGUAGUAGUUAUAUGGUUGUCAUUAAGGUGUUAGUGCGGUUUGUCCGAGUCUUCCGCAUUGUCACCCUGAAGAAACAUCAAAGAGCUCGCCGAACGUUUACGAAAUGCUAUCGGCGUGGCUACUGACAGGGCCCUGUCGGUUUUAUUGCAUAUAAAGAAACUUCUGGAUAAGUUCGUGACAAACGGGAUUUACAGUUGGGCUAAUCAUUAGGCAACUGAGCUCAUGAAACUUACAGUAAUAAACGAGCAUCAGCGUCGGCGAUGGGUAGCCGAAAAUCUCAGAAAAGUGGAAGACAUUUAAGCCUGGAGAACGUGUAGUAGAGUGUGCGAUAACUGCUGCUUAUGUCUUCAAGAGAUGCGUUUUUGCUUAUUCGCAAAUUCCGAAUGGGAUGAAUAGGAUGAAAAAAAAGUCUAAAGAGGAACGGAGUUUAAGUGAAUGAAAUGAAAGCUCGCACAUUUGACGCUCACUGCUUGUUGGGUGGCCUUGACACGAUUGGCUAUAUCUUCUUAAUACUAACGAACACAUCAUUCUGUUCGCUGGCAAUGACUCCGGUUUGAUUACGACGACACGCAAGAUUGGUGGACGCAAGAAUCAUUGGAAUGCAGUCAUUUGCGGAUGGCUCCAUUCUCCUUAAAAUUUUCAGUCCCUCGGAAGAUCUAGAAUGCUUUGAAUUCAAUCUGACUGCCAAUCCUCAGAGGUGCCAGUCUUGCCAAACGCAAAAAAGGAAACUAAAUCUGUUUUGCGUUAGGUAAGAAAAAACCAGGCAACCAUUUAAUGACUCAAAAGUUGUUUUCAUAAUAAAAGU